AGGUGGGCGCCAAUUUCAGUUCUAUUGAUCUGCAUUGACAAUUUUUUUAUUGGUUAGGUCGCGUUUGUUAUAAUAAUUUAAGUAAUCAUUUGUUUAUGAAUUAGAAUGAAGCACGAGAAGGAACUUGAUGUCUAUAGGGACACGAGCUUGAGAUAUUUGGGAUAUACUAAUGAAGUUGGUGAGGCCUUUAGAAGUCUCAUCCCAAAAUCUGUCGUGUGGCUGAGUUACGUAAUUGCCAGUGGUUACGUACUUGCUGAUACCGUACAUAAAGGGUCGAGAGAGUAUUCUAAAGAAAGUGGAGAUGGAAAAAAUAGACGAGUGUUACUCUCUGCAACGGAUACUCUCCUCUGGCAGAGUUUUGCUUCUGUGAUAGUUCCAGGUCUCGUAAUAAAUCGAAUUUGCGCUGGUGUUCGAUUUUUGCAAAAACCUGCGACGAGUGCUGCAUUGAGGAGUCCUUGGAUUACAACUGCUGUUGGGCUCGCCUCCAUUCCAUUAAUUAUAAGACCAAUUGAUCGAGGUGUCGAGGAUGCCAUGGACGUGACCUUCAGACAAUGGAUGGGAUACCAUCCCCACCAAAAUAGGGAAGAUUGACAACCGUAGAUCGAAUUAGAUUUUAUUCUUCAAGACAUGAAAGUUGCUAGCACAUAGUACAAAUUAUUUUCUAUUUUUUUUUGUAUAUUUACAAUUAGACAAUAAAUUAGAUAAAAUUGUUGAAGUUUA